AUGGCCCGACUCAGUCUGUUGGCAGUCCUCUCGGCGGCCGCCGUCAGCCCGAGGCAGGACGCCGUCGCGGGCACGGCCGCCGUGGUCGGGAGGCGCUCUAGCGGCUACUCCGCCCCCACGGCGCACCUCAAGAACGGCAGCUACUACGGCGUCUACAACCCGACGUACCACCAGGACAUGUUCCUGGGCAUGCCCUACGCCGAGCCGCCGGUGGGUGACCUGCGCUUCCGGCCGCCGCAGCCGCUCGGCAGCGGCAGGAGCUGGGAGGGCCGGCGCAACGCGACCGAGUACUCGCCCCUGUGCUUCGGCUACGGCAGCGACACGUGGGUGCUGGGCAACCGCGUCUCCGAGGACUGCCUGACCAUCAACGUGGUGCGCCCGCACGGCGUCAAGCCCGACGCCAAGCUCCCCGUCGCGCUCUGGAUCCACGGCGGCAGCCUCACCAAUGGCGGGAGCGCGGACCCGCGCUACAACAUGUCCUUCAUCGUCGAGCAGUCGGUCCGGAUGGGCACGCCCAUGAUCGCCGCCAGCAUCAACUACCGCCUGCACGCCUGGGGGUUCCUGUGGAGCGACGAGGUCAAGAGGGCGGGCGCGGGCAACCUCGGGUUCCGGGACCAGCGGCUCGCGCUGCAGUGGGUUCAAGAAAACAUUGGCGCGUUCCGGGGCGACCCGGACAGGGUGACGCUGUGGAGCGAGAGCGCGGGCAGCCGCAGCGUGGCGGCACAGAUGCUGGCCUACGACGGGCGCGACGACAAGCUGUACCGCGGCGCCAUCCUGCAGAGCGGCACCGGGUUCGAUACAGACUUUGGCGAGGCGCCGCCGCCGACCAGUGACGCCUGGCAAAACCACUACGACGCCGUGGCCGCAAAGGUCGGCUGCGCGGGGGCGGCCGACUCGCUGGCGUGCCUGCGCGCGGUGCCGGCGUGGACGCUCAGCGACGCCAUCAACUCGACGGCGACCCCGUCCUUCACGACGGUGGUGGACGGCGAGUUCCUGACUGCGCGGCGGCACAAGCUGCUCGCGUCGGGCCGCUUCACACGUGUGCCGCUGCUCAUCGGGGCCAACUUCGACGAGGGCACGGCGUUUGGCAAGUACGGCGUCGACACCGAGGACCAGUGGCACGCCUACCUGGCCGCCGCCGGCGCCGGCAACGUCACGGCCGAGGUCCUCUCGGCUCUGUACCCGGACGUGCCCCGCGUCGGCAUCCCGGCCACGCUGCCCGGCAGGCCCGCGGCCGACGACCGGAAAAAGUACGGCGCCAUGUGGAAGCGCGCGUCGGCCUUUGGCGGCGACCGCGCGCAGCACGGCCCGCGGCGGCUGUGGGCGCGCACGUGGGCGCGCGCGGGCCUCCCCGCGUGGAGCUACCACUUCAACGUGCUCGUCGGCGGCGUCUCGCCCGCGCUCGGCGCCACGCACUUCCAGGAGGUGGCCUUUGUGUUCAACAACACGCGCGGGCUGGGCUACGACACGGCCGUGGCCACGAACCCGUUCGCGGGCGCGCCGCCCACCUUUGGCGCCCUGGCGGACGUCAUGUCGCGCAUGUGGGUGGGCUUCGUCGUCGCGGGCGACCCCAACGCGCACCGAGGCGCCACGGGCGUCCGCUGGCCGCGGUACGACGAUGAGCGGCCGGAGAAUAUGGUUUUCGACGUCAACGCGACGUCGCUCGCGUACGCGGAGCCUGACACGUACCGGACCGAGCAGAUCGAGUAUCUGAUCAAGAAGCUGUGGUCGUGA